AUGUCUUCCCAGCAGAUCCUGCCCUCGGAGACCCUCAUCGACCGAUACGGUAGCUCCCUAGCCGGCAAGACAAUCCUUAUAACCGGUGUAUCUGGCGACUCUAUCGCUGGCGAACUUGCAAUCCAACUAAGCGCUGCCGCACCUCAUCUCCUGAUCCUCAGCGCUCGAGCCGAAGAAAAUGUCGCCCCCAUCAUCGAGAAAAUUAGACUCAUAGCCCCCAAUGUUAAUACCAAGUUCCUCAAAAUGGAUCUAGGGGAUACGGGCAAUAUUAGAAACGCGGUUGAUACCCUCCACGACAUCCCGAAGAUCGACCACCUCGCUUGUGUUGCGGGUGUCAUGGUUCCUCCGUAUGGGACUACAAAGGAUGGGUUCGAGAUGCAGUUCGGGGUGAACUAUCUCGCCAACUUUUUGUUGGUCAAGUUGCUUCUUCCCAAGGUUAGGGCUGCUGGGGUCGGAUCGUCCAUCGUUAUUGUUGCAAGUAGUGCAGCCAGGAGUGGGAAGGUUGAUUUUGAGAAUGUUGGGUUUAGUGAAGGCAAAACGUAUGAUCCUCUUGUGGCGUAUAGCCAGUCCAACGCUGCCCGAGUGUUAUUUGUGAAGGCGCUGGCGGAGAAAUUGGGAGACCAGGGAAUUCGAGUCUUUAGUGUCGAUCCUGGCGGUAUGUGA